AAUAUCUCUGACAGACCUGUACCGGAAUUAAUGGGACUUGUCGAGGCCGCCCCAAAGCCUAAUUGCUUACCUCUCAGGGGGUGAAGUAUUCGAGAAACAGAAGCUUUGGCUGUGUGAUAUGCACAGCGUUCUUGGUAUUUUUGGUGUCGAACAGUUUGGGCAGCCUCAAUGAGACACGAGGAAUGGUGUGCAACACAUACUUUGAUUGUUUCAGCUUUACAGAACGAGGAGAUUGCACGACUCACCCUCGGGCACGCCCCUUCCCCCUUAAUUAUUGUUCAGUAAGGAGCCACAUUGUCCGAUCUUACUUCGGGCAGUGUCCUGCAUAUCCCGCGGCAGUGACUCGAGCUGCUCAUGUCCGAUCCGAACUGACAGGAACUGACUGACCACAGCCAUUCACUACGUCACGCUGAAGAGAUCCAUGGGGUACUUAAUCUGAGGCCAAUUUGACCACCACUAGAAGAUCCACAAUCACCACGACCUCGUCUUUUUCACCAUCAUCAAUACCGCCUGCCUCUUCACCUCCGCUUCCGCCGCCAUCGAACCAUCCUUCCCCUCGACAUCUAAACACCAUGACGUCCCAAUUCCUGAAGUUCAUCCGCAAGCUCUUCCUAUGCAUUCCGUUCAAGCCAAGUUCGAACGGGCAGGACAUGCAGGAGGAAGACAGGAAUCCACUCGUCCGUGAUGCACCAGUGACAUCUUUCCCGUCCCGUCGCGGCUCCCUCCACCCCGCGCCGCCUCCUGUGACCGACACUGUUGACGAAGGCGUCGCGUCCGUGAAGACGACUGUCUCUGAAUCCAAGGCAGCCGCCACGCCCCUCUCACAAUCAGGAAUUGAACGCUCAUACGAAGAUGAAGACGGCGACGAGAAUGCUCCGUCCACUUCUGAUGCACACACCGUCGACAUCACAGCCCCGCAAGAAGCGCUGCCGGGUGCAGAUGACUUUGUCCGGGAGCCUGAAACGAUGUCAAACCAUAAACUUCCCUCCUUCAGGCCGCGUGGGCGAAAGACUGCGAAACCAUCACCCACCCCCACUGAAGAAGAAGAAUCCGAAGAAACAUCUGGCCCCGCCGCGAAGGAUGGCCUGUAUGGAAGGCCGUCGAAGCCUUUCUCCAGUUCUUCCACCACGUCCAAGCCCAAGCCUAAGCCCAAGCCUAAGCCCUAACGGCGGUCGGUAUUUAUGUGAGGAAGACUAGGGGUGGGCCAUGUAGGAUGUUGCUUUGGACGCUUACAGGCCUGGACUUCUGUGUUUCAUCAUCAUCAUCAUCUCUCGCACACGCCGAAGAUAUGUCUUAGGACUACCUUUUCUUCUCUCUGUCAAGUCCAUAGGAAUCUUAUCACGUAUUUCGGACUUUCCUGACCACUCUUUCAUCACACACCGUACACUGCCUGCUUUCCAAAUGUUUUCCAAACGCUUACCAAAUGCUUUCUAUAUGAUACUUCGAGUUGUUCUAUAUGUAGUACCGUGUAAUGGAUACCUGGCCUCGUCCC